UUUCCUCUAAGAAACUGUUUUUAUGCUUUCAAGCAUGAUUUGACACAUCAAAUCAAAUUGUAUUUGUCACAUGUAAACAACAGGGUAUGUUUCGUUAGAAUUGUAUGCGAUGUGUAGAUUAUACACAGUCUGAGGAUACACUGGUAUUGGUAAUUGAAGAGGAAACUUUACUGUACAGUUGUUUUUAUAUUAUUACGACCAAAGUUCGACUAUUGGCCCCGUUGUGAAUGUGCCUAUCUAUACAGAGGCGUAAAAAAGCCCAGGCUACUAUAUCUAAUAUGUUUUACACGGCUGUGAUAUAUCUCUCUCAUCAAGAAGACUGACAGACACAGAUGUUCGUUCACACUGCUGUGGUCAUGUUAUCUUAUGGUUCACUGCUAUGGUUGAGACACCACCCUGGAAGACAACAGAAAAGCACUGAGUUGCCAUUCAGUUGGUCAAUUAUGGGAGAGAUAGAUUCAGACAGGUGUACUGUGGGAAAGUUUUCCACAAGAAAGAUGAUUGACACAAUUCAACAUCAUAGUCACUGUUAUGUCAUGUGGGGACCAGACCAAAAGGCAAGCUCUAAUGUAGACUAUAGAUUAGUGAUAUGUGCCAAUGCGUACUUGAGAUUUCAAUGUUUGCCAAUCAAUAAAACUAUUCCCAAAGCCUGGACAUUGACAUUUUAAUGGUGCAGACUGAGUGCCAACUGCCAAGCUAAACAUUAAUGGAAUAUUUCUUCAUGCAUGUACUCUGUGCAGGUUGGGAGUUGCACAACAUGGUGUGGAUGUCUGUUAUGAACCUUUAUUUACUGUAAAUGAUUAACUAGUUCUUUACUUAACCAUUACAUGCCCAGGUUAGUCUUUUUGAGAUCAAAUAUAUUUUUGAAGAGAUACCUGGUCCAACCAAGACCGCAGCAAUGCUUUUGCUCAGCCUGUCCUUCAUGUCACAGGACAUACUUCACAUUUCUCUCUCUGGCCUCUUUUAUCGCCACAAUAAGAUCACUGUCACUCAUUGAAAUGGAACCUAAGGCAAUCCCCUUCCUGAAUCCCAGGGCUUUCCAGCGGUUCAAAGUGCACUGAAGAUCAGGCCAUACAGUGGACACCGUGCUACCCCUUUCAUUUACAGUGCACCUAAUCAGCUCUCUCUAUUUCCCCUUCUGCUUUGUAAUUUACUUGAAAUGCACAGAGGUACAGUCUUAGAAAAAAGUUGCUAUCUAGUGAACCCUUUGAAGGACCUUUUUUGGGUCGAUGUACAACCCUUUUCCCCAGAGGAUUCUAUACUGAACAAAAAUAUAAACAAAACAUGUAAAGUGUUGGUUUCAUGAGCUGAAAUAAAAGAUCCCAGAAAUGCUCCAUGUGCACAAAAAGCUUAUUUCUCUCAAAUUUUGUGCACAAAUUUGUUACAUCCCUGUUCGUGAGGAUUUCUCCUUUGCCAAGCUAAUCCAUCCACCUGACAGGUGUGGCAUAUCAACAAGCUUUUUAAACAGCAUGAUCAUUACUCAAGUGCACCUUGUGCUGGGGACAAUAAAAGUCCACUCUAAAAUAUGCAGUUUUGUCUCACAACACAAUGCCAAAGAUGUCUCAAGUUUUGAGGGAGCAUGCAAUUGGCAUGCUGAUGCAGGAAUGUGCACCAGAGCUGUUGCCGGAUAAAUUAAUGUUAAUUGCUCUUAUAAGCCGCCUCCAACGUCGUUUUCGAGAAUUUGGCAGUGCGUCCAACCGGCCUCACAACCGCAAACCACGUGUAUGGCGUUGUGUGGGCGAGUGGUUUGCUGAUGUCAACGUUGUGAACAGAGUGGCACAUGGUGGCGUUGUGGUAUGGGCAGGCAUGAGCCAUGGACAAUGAACACAAUUGCAUUUUAAUCUAUGGCAAUUUGAAUGCACAGAGAUACCGUGACGAGAUCCCGAGGCCCAUUGUCGUGCCAUUCAUCUGCCGCCAUCACCUCAUGUUUCAGCAUGAUAAUGCACAGCCCCAUGUCGCAAGGAUCUGUACACCAUUCCUGGAAGCUGAACAUGUCCCAGUUCUUCUAUGGCCUUUAUACUCACCAGACAUGUCACAAAUUGAGCAUGUUUGGGAUGUUCUGGAUCGAUGUGUACAACCGCGUGUUCGAGUUCCCACCAAUAUCCAGCAACUUCGCACAGCCAUUAAAGAGGAGUGGGACAACAUUCCAUAGGCCACAAUCAACAGCCUGAUCAACUCUAUGUGAAGGCGAUGUGUCUUGCUGCAUGAGGAAAAUGGUGGUCAGGUUUUCUGAUCCACACCCCUACCUUUUCUUUAAGGCAUCUGUGACCAACAGAUGCAUCACUGUAUUCCCAGUCAUGUGAAAUCCAUAGAUUAGGGCCAAAUUAAUUUAUUUCAAUUGACUGAUUUCCUUAUAUGAACUGUAACUCCGUAAAAGCUUUGAAAUGAUUGCAUGUUGUGUUUAUAUUGCCCUUGACAAUCAACCGCUCUCUUUCAUGGAUGAUGUUGGCUUUCACCGACUGGUCGAGCACCUUGAGCCCUGGUACACACUAUCAAACACAGCUGGACAAGAUGAUGGAAACGGACACAGUGACAGUGCCCCCCGAGGUAGAGAGGCCACGGACAGACCGAGCUGAAACUUCCCUGCUUUACAUGAAUGAUGAAAUCCUGGUUGAUACUGAACAAAUGAACAAAGAAACAACACAGCAAUUACUUCCCCAUCUGGAUCCAUCUGUGACUUUCAGCCAAUUAGCAGAGGCCCCCUGAACCCCUGGCACCUGUCCCUGUGCCAUGCCGAAGAGUGACACGUGGCCGGGCGGCGUUGCCAUGGAAUCCUUGAUCAGUAUGGAUAGCACUGGGAGCUGUGACAGUGUGGUUAGCAUGAACUCUGGCUUUAGUGAUGACAGUCUGGAGCACCUCUCUGCUGAGGAGCGGGCAUGCCUCAUGUUUCUGGAGUCCACCAUUGAGUCCCUGGAGAUGGAGGAGGACAGUGGCCUGUCAAAUGAUGAGCCAGACCCCAGCAGCCUGGCAGCCAAACCUGGCCACCUCUCUAUGGGACAGGCCAGAUUGGAGGAUGUAUCAGAACUCCAGCAUUCUGACUCAGGAAGGGAUCAGAAGUCCUUUCUGAACUGCAUAGUGCCUACACCACUUAGAGUGGCAAAUAGCCUUGCCAGUAUCCAGCUCAAAGCCCCAGGUUCUGCCACCCAGCCCACUGCUCCAGCUGAAGCAAUUGAGCCUAGAGCCCCAGCCCCAGUAGUAGCAACCCAGCUCAAUACCCCAGGGACAUUUACUGAUCUCAAACCUCCAGGGGUAGUCACUGAACCCACAGUCUCAGAGGUAGUCACAGAACGUAAAGCUCCAGAGAUAGCAACUGUGCCUAAGUCCCCAGAGUUGAUGACUGACAUCAAAUCUCCUGGGUUGGACACUAUUUCAAAAGUUCCGGUGUUGUCCACUGAGUCUAAAACUCUAGAGUUAGCUGCAGACCCAAAAGCUUCUGCCUCGGACACGACCCCAUCCUCAGCCACCUCAGAUAAUUCUGUGGACAACAUGCCUAAAGGAGUCUCUGUAGACAGCAAGUCUGCAAAACGGCAAUCUAAGGUUCACUCUGAGCUGGAUAUGAAGCUGAUUCCCCCUCCCUCAGACUUCAGGGAUGAUAAGCCAGAGGAGGAGAGUGAACUUCCAGUGCCUGCAGUACUCAGAGUUCCACUAACCUACAGUGAGCUGGAGCAACUACGCAGGAGAGCUCCACCUGCCUCGCCUGGAGCCCAACAGACACCACCUUCUAAACCUCCUGUUGAUCUGCCUGUACCUGUUAGUACCAACUCACCACCCUCUCACUCAGAGGCCCUAACCAUCCCCAUUCCUGAGACCCUGGAAACAAAGAACCCACCUGCCGUGGCCCCUAAGCCCAAGAGGCUUCCCUCCAACAUCAUCCAGAAGUCCCACAAGUCAGAUAGUCACCCAGGCCCCCCUCUCUCCUUGCCCAUUGACAGGUCGAUCAUUGAUCCCCAGAAGGUGCGUUUGGAGGCUCUACGGAAGCUCGGGCUCCUGAAGGGUGAGGAUGGAGACUCAGGCCCUGUAGUUUCACCCAAAUCCCGGAAGUCAUGGGCACCCACUCCCUCUCCUCGCAGCCCAGAUGCCACCCAGACCCAAGCCCCAGCCCAAAUCCCUACUACUUCCCCAGCCACUACCCCUGGCCAAGUCCCAGCCACUAUCCAUACCCCAAUCCCAGUGCCUGCUGCAGUUGCUGUCCCAGCUACCACAGAACCAGCCCGAGCCACUACCCUUGCUCCACUUCCAGCCCCAAUCCAAUUUAGUGACAAUGCCAAAGCUCUGCUCUUGCCCCUUACAACCCCUCCUUCACCACCCAAGCAUAUUCCCCCUCCUGUAAGGGUCAAAUCAGCCACUCUGGAGCGCACCAGCAUGGGCCAGAGAAGCUACAUGGCCAGCAAUGCCUCCCUCAGGGCAAACCAGGCUCCCAGUGUCCCUUUGUCCCCCAGAGACCAGCGUUACUCUAGACCCCGCCCGGCCUCCCUAGGAACUGGGAAAGACUUCAUGAAUGUUCAGGGUGAGGCCUGCCACCCCCAACCAGGUCAUGGGGAGUCUCAGAACAAGCUGCCCCGUUCCCAUGGUAUCAGUGUGCUGAUCUGCCCCAACAGCAAGAGUGGAGAAGACCGACGAGAGGCCUUGAAGAAGCUAGGACUGCUGAGCGACUGAGGGAAGGGAGAGGGGAAAUGGAACUGCACCAUUAUGAAAUCCAAAUGAGGGGUGAGGUCUGAGGAGGAGGAAUGUCCUUAAUAUGGAUUCUGUAUAACUAAGCCCUCCUCUAGUUUUUGACACUGAAACUUAUGAGAAGAUUACUCUCUCCAUAAGGCCUUCUUUGAAGCAACAUGCAGAGAGCACUAUUUGUUUGAUGAAGGAUUGUUUGGCUUUACAGAAACCUGCAUAUUUAUGGAGUGUAUUUUUGCCUUCUUGCUGCACAGAAAUGCUGUAUGUACCCUAAGACUGGCUUUCAUGAAUAACCUGUAUCAUACUACUAUGAGAUACUACUUUAACUACAGUUUGCAGUACAGUGAGUAUGUAUGUAUGUAUAUUCCUCGUGAAAUGUGUUAGGCUGUUUGUGAAUCUAAUUUGACAUUCAGUAAUUUGAUCAUUGUCUAUUUUCUAAAUAAAAUAUAAUACACUUUA